AUGAUGCGCGUCCUCGGCUACCUUCUCCUUCCGGGCCUUGCGCUCGGAAGCCACUGCGACCGCGCCACCGUGCCAAGCUACUGCUGCUCUAUUGGAUGUGACACUGCGAUCGACAUGACGCAGUACGGCAUGACGCAACCCACCUGUGGCCCUGGCGACACAACUCUCGCCGACAUCUUUGCAGUCGCGUCGGCCGAUGGCUGCAGCCCGCUAACCGAGGGGGAAUGCGCAUGGGGUCCAUCCGCAGACGCGUCGUGCAUCAGCCAGGGCUUCUGCCCGCCCCCGGCACCACCAGCCACAAAUGGGUGCGUGCCGGGCGGCUUCUGCGCUGACGACAACGGCAGCAAGUGCAAGGAGCUUGGCCGCGAAUUUCACAAGGGUGACUACGGCGUCGCGCGCUUUGCGUGCCGACAGCUCUGCGAGGCGUGGCGUGGCUGCCAAGCCGUCGAGCUUCUUCGCCUCCACAAGGUGUAUUCGCUCUGCAAGGUGUGCGGUUCGGCCGCCACGCGCACGAACAAGGCGCCGGCGAACAACGUCGAGUGUCUCACUUACAACAACGGGGAGUGA